GGGUGCGAAAGUAAGUUUAAAACAACAUCCAAACAUUUUUUUUGCGGCAAUUUAUUGCGAAAAAGCAUUCUUAAGUUAUAGAAAAGAAAUAAAAGACAUCAACUUUCGUAGACAAAAACUCAUAACUCUAUUAUCAUGACUGACAAUUGGAAUAAAGCUGCAGAAACUCAGGAACUAACUGAAAUUCAACGACUGAGUGAGGACAUCAAUGAAAUAGGAAUAAACAAUGAACAUAAACCUCCACCUGCAGAACUUGAUGAUAAUCCUGCUGAUGCAUCUUUGUUGAUGAAGAUCAUCCGAAAGGGUUUAAUCGAUACAAAGAACGAUCUGGAUAUUCAAAGAAAGGAUCCCAACUCACCAUUAUAUUCUGUUAAAUCAUUCGAGGCUCUCCACCUCAAACCCGAGCUCCUAAAAGGCGUGUAUGCAAUGGGAUAUAAUACUCCAUCGAAAAUUCAAGAAACAGCUUUACCAACUCUCAUCGCUGAUCCCCCACAAAAUAUGAUCGCACAGUCACAAUCAGGUACAGGAAAAACUGCAGCAUUCACCUUAGCAAUGUUAACUCGUGUCGACACAACAAAAGAUUAUCCUCAAGUUCUUUGUCUGAGUCCAACUUAUGAGUUGGCAAUUCAAACUGGUGAAGUUGCAGCACGAAUGGCAAAGUUUUGUCCUGACAUAAGCAUUCGCUAUGCCGUUCGUGGAGAGGAAAUCUCACGUGGUGAUAAACUUAAAGAUCAUGUCAUUAUCGGAACACCAGGAAAAGUUUUAGAUUGGUCGCUGAAAUUUCGAGCUUUCGACUUGUCAAAAAUCAUCGUUUUCGUUCUUGACGAAGCUGAUGUUAUGAUUGCACAACAAGGACAUCAAGAUCAAUGUAUUCGCUUGCAAAAACAUCUUUCAAAGAAAUGUCAAAUGAUGUUGUUUUCAGCAACAUACGAAAAGAAAGUCAUGGAUUUCGCUGAAUUUAUUGUUCCAUCUCCAAUUACAAUUCGAUUGAAAAAGGAAGAAGAAGUGUUGGAUAACAUCAAGCAGUAUUAUGUGAAAUGUCGUGGUCAGGAUGACAAAUAUCGAGCGAUUGCAAAUAUUUAUGGUGUAAUCACCAUUGGUCAAGCAAUCAUAUUCUGUCAUACUCGUAAAACCGCUGGCUGGCUUGCUGGAAAGAUGUCAAAUGAAGUUGGAAGUGAAUCUGUUGGGGUUCUGUCUGGUGAUCUUACAGUCGAACAACGAUUAGCUGUGUUGGAUAGAUUCCGUGAAGGUCAUCAAAAAUGUCUCAUUACAACAAAUGUCUUAAGUCGUGGCAUUGACAUCGAUCAAGUGAAUAUUGUCGUGAACUUUGAUCUUCCAAUCGAUCAACAGGGAAAUGCUGAUUGUGAAACUUACUUACAUCGUAUUGGACGUACAGGUCGUUUCGGAAAACAUGGAAUUGCAAUCAACUUAAUUGAUUCUGAACAAUGCAUGCGAAUUUGUCGUGACAUUGAAAAACAUUUCGGCAAGAAAAUUAUGUUGCUUGAUGCUGAAAACUCUGAUGAGAUUGAAAAGAUUGGAACUUAAGCAAUUCAAUUUAUGAUUUUUUUUCUCUAAUAAUUUUAUAAGAAACUUAAGCGGUCAUAUUCAUUUCAACCUUUUUUAUCAUCAUGCAAUAUGAUCUACAAAAAUUAUUCAAAACAUUCUCAAAACCACAUAAAUGAAAAAUAUUUGUUUCUUCCUUCUUUAGAAUUGAUUCAAAAAAGAUUGAAAAGGCUUUUUAAAUUCUGUAAAAUAAUUUUCAAUCACAUAAGAUUUGUGAAGCUUUUUGCAAAUUUUAAAGAAAUUAUUUAAUAAAAUAUGAAUUCUAAGAAAAUCU